AUGGCUAACAACCAGACACCAGAGCGAAGCGAGGAUGCCCCUAAUGGUGGCCCACGCAAAAGGAUCGUGGUAGUAGGCCUGGGCAUGGUCGGCAUAGCAUUCGUUGAAAAGUUGCUGAAACUCGACGCAAAAAGACAUGAAUAUGACGUUGUGGUCAUUGGCGAAGAGCCUCAUCUCGCAUAUAACCGCGUUGGAUUGACCAGUUUCUUCCAGCAUCGACAAGUCGAGUCCCUGUACUUGAACCCCGAGACGUGGUACAAGAAUCAUCCGAAGGAAUCUUUCAACUAUCAUCUCAACACCCUCGUUACAGAGAUCAGGCGCGAGGAGAGGACUGUCAUCACAGCCAAAGGUGACGAGAUACCAUACGACAUACUCGUUCUUGCCACUGGUUCCGAUGCUCUUCUCCCGCGACAUACCCCCGGCCACGACGCGAAGGGAGUAUUCGUCUACCGGACCAUCGACGAUCUCCAAAAGCUGAUCUCCUUCUCAUCAACAGUGAAAGGCACGACGGGAUGUGUUGUAGGAGGCGGUCUUCUCGGCCUCGAAGCAGCCAAAGCCAUGAUGGACCUGGAGGAGUUCGAUAAAGUCAAGCUUAUCGAGAGAAACAGAUGGGUGCUCUCCAGACAACUAGACGCCGACGCAGGAACCAUGGUCGUCGAGCUCGUCCGCAAGCUCGGCCUGGACGUCAUGCUAAGCAAGCGUGUGGGCAAGAUCUUGACAGAUGCCGACAACGCCGUCAAGGGCAUCGUCUUCGAAGACGGAGAGCAGAUCGAUUGCAGCUGUGUCAUGUUCGCCAUUGGCAUCAAAGCAAGAGAUGAGCUGGCCCGCAAGGCUGGCCUGAAGUGUGCCGACCGCGGCGGUGGCAUCACAAUCGACAACGACCUGCGGACAAGCGAUCCCAACAUCUAUGCCAUCGGCGAAUGUGCCAGCUGGGAGAACCAGACAUUUGGCCUCAUCGCACCGGGUGUCGAGCAAGCAGACGUUCUCUCCUUCAAUCUAACACAAGCCAAGUCCCAUUCACCUCGCACAUUCAAGAAGCCAGACCUCAGCACCAAGUUGAAGCUCUUAGGCGUCGAGGUCGCGAGUUUCGGCGACUUUUUCGCUGACCGUGACGGGCCCAAGGAUCUCCCCAAGCGACAUGUCAAACGUGAAGAGCGCAAAGCCUCUGAAUCCCAAGCUGGUCAAGCACAGGAUAAAGUCAAAGAUCUAACCACCGGCCCGCCUCCUCCUGCCGUCAAGGCCCUCACUUAUCGAGACCCCUUUGCUGCCGUGUACAAGAAGUACCUCUUCACACUUGACGGCAAGUACCUCCUUGGUGGGAUGAUGAUCGGUGACACAAAAGACUACGUCAAGCUCGUGCCAAUGGUCAAGAACAAAAAGGCCCUCGACGUGCCACCAUCCCAAUUCAUCAUCGGUGCCAGUAAAGACGGAGACGAGGGAGGGGAUGAUCUUACAGACGACACGCAGAUUUGUUCCUGCCACAACGUGACAAAGGGCGACGUUGUACAGAGUGUCAAGGAUGGUUGCAAGGCCCUCGGCGAAGUAAAGACUUGUACGAAAGCAGGCACAGGAUGUGGCGGAUGCAUGCCGCUGGUGACCAGCAUCUUCAACAAGGCAAUGAAGGACAUGGGUAAUGAAGUGUCGAACAACAUCUGCCCACACUUCGCCUACAGCCGCGCAGAUCUCUACAAUAUCAUCUACGUGCGCAAGUUGCAGGAUUUUGGCAGCGUCAUGCGCGAGGCCGGCAAGGACCCUGAGAGUCUAGGCUGCGAGGUGUGCAAACCUGCCGUUGGUAGUAUCCUGGCCAGCAUGUUCAACAAACAUAUCAUGGACAAGCCCCUUCGCGGACUGCAGGACACGAACGACAGAUACCUGGGCAACAUCCAACGCAACGGCACCUUCAGCGUCAUACCCCGUGUGGCCGGUGGUGAAAUCAGCCCUGAGAAAUUGAUCGUCAUCGGGCAAGUCGCAAAGAAAUACAACCUCUACACCAAAAUCACAGGUGGCCAGAGAAUCGACAUGUUUGGCGCAAAGAAGCAGGACCUUUUGGACAUCUGGUCCGAGUUGGUCGCCGGAGGUCUCGAAUCAGGCCAUGCGUACGCCAAGUCGCUACGAACGGUCAAGUCUUGUGUCGGCACGACGUGGUGUCGCUUCGGCAUUGGCGACUCGGUCGGAAUGGCCAUCAGACUGGAAGAGAGGUACAAGUCGAUCCGGGCACCGCACAAGAUCAAGGGCGGCGUUUCAGGAUGUGUGCGCGAGUGUGCCGAGGCGCAGAACAAAGACUUUGGGCUGAUCGCGACCGAAAAAGGGUUCAACAUCUUCGUCGGCGGCAACGGCGGAGCGACCCCGCGACACUCGGAGACGCUGGCCAAAGACGUGCCGCCGGACGACGUGAUCCCCAUUCUCGACCGGUACCUGAUGUUCUACAUGCGCACGGCAGACAAGCUGCAGCGCACGGCGCGGUGGGUCGAGCAGCUGCCCGGCGGCAUCAAGUACCUCCGCGAGGUCGUGCUGGAGGACAAGCUCGGCAUCUGCGCCGAGCUGGAGAAGCAGAUGCAGGAGCUCGUGGGGACGUUCUUCUGCGAGUGGACCGAGACGCUCAACGACCCGGAGAAGCGCCGGGCGUUCCAGCAGUUUGCCAACUCGGACGAGACGCGCGAGCCCGCGGUCGAGAAGGUCGAGGAGAGGGGCCAGGUCCGGCCGGCGUACUGGCCGCGGGACUCGGUGCACGACGACUUCAAGGGCACCAAGUGGAGCAGCCUGACGUGGCAGCCGAUCGUCGAGGCGCGCAAGUUCCAGGACCUCGACACCGGGUCCUCCCAGACCGUCAUCCGCGGCGACACGCAGCUGGCGGUGUUCAAGCUCAAGGGCAAGUACUACGCCAGCCAGCAGAUGUGUCCGCACAAGCGCACCUUUGGCCUCUCGGACGGCCUGAUCGGCGAGACGACGGCGGCGGCGGCGCCUGACUGCAAGGAGGACAGCAAGCUGUACGUCAGCUGCCCGUACCACAAGCGCAACUUCCAGCUCAACGGCGCCGUGAACUUUGACAAGCCCGACGCCGGCGCCGGGUCCUGUUCGAACGACACGUCCAUGUCCAUCGCCACGUUCCAGGCCGAGGAGCGCGGCGACGGCUGGGUGUACUUGAAGCUCCCGCCCGUCGAGGAGAUGGAUGCCGUGCUCGGGACGAGCAAGUGGGUCGUCAAGUCCCAGGAGGCCCAAGACCCGUUUGAGAGUCUGGACAAGAAACUCGGCCUCCAUAAAGGGUUGAGGCCGUCGAGGACCGUGGGCGCCAUGCCCGGCACAGGAAACGUCAUGGCCGCCAGGAGGACAGUGGGUGUCGCCGCACAGAGGAGGAUUGAUUGGUGA